ACAGCUGCCAUGGAGUUACGCAUUUGUAGAGCAUCAUAACGCUUUGGGGUUGAAACAACUUAGGGCAAUCUCUCUCCAUCCGUGUCAGUAAAGUUAGCUAUGGAAAAGGUAGAUAGGGCCCUGUCUGUCUGGCUCCUGUCGGUCCCCAGCCUUCUAUGUCUCCUGUCCCUGCUGUGCUGUGUCCCUGCGGGGAGACCCUGUCUGCAGUGUGACCGCAGGGUCAGGCUACUCCAUGAAGACUACCUAUUGGCUGCUGCCUCUGCCACCAUAGAGGACCAGAUAGAACUGAAGAAGAUUCUAGACUACGCCUACGUCACCUACACAACCACCAGCAACCAGUAUAGCGGAGUUAUUGGGCCUCUGACGUUUGAGGCCAUUCAAAUUCUGGAGAAAGGCAGGAAAAUUCUCGAGAAACACCUGCAGACUUUUGUCCAGAAAGGUCUCUGCCCAAACAAAUGUGGGUUGCUGUAUCAGAGAGUAAUGAACUGCCUUUCCUGUCAGUACAAGCUGCACACCUGCCCCUCUACCACUCAGGACUGCGGGGAGUAUCCAGUGGAGGCAGCAGAGGGGGGACAGGCAGUGUUGGACUGUUUCCUCCCCUGGCAUAGUCUAGUUGUGGGCCGGCCAGAUUAUCACUACACCUGGGCUCCAGGGACGCAAAGGACUGCAAAUCUGACAGAGGGUGAUUUCAGAGUGCUGGUGGUUACUGAGGAUUCCUCUGUGGUGCUGAACCAGCUGCAUGUCGAUGAGGAGGGCAUGUACCGCUGCCUCCUAACGGAUGGCAAAGGAACUGUCCUUUCACGCACACACUUCCUGCUCACUGUCACCCCGUCACCUGUCCCGACUCCCAGAUCUCUCCUCACCCUGCCCUCCCUCCCUCCUAGUUAUGAUGCCUCCCCCAUUUCUCACCCUCCCACUGACCUCCUGCUGGUCAUCAUCAUCAUGGUUACUGCCCUGAGUCUGACGGUCAGCCUAGCCCUUGCUAUUGCUUUUGGGUGA